UGCCGGUGCUUGCCCGCCGAGCACGGGGCCGACCCGAGAAACUCGUCGCGUGCCGGCAGCGUGCUGCGACUGAGGCGGUGACAGCGACGGCGGAGAGAUGGAACCCGACGGCGCGCAGGCCACAAAUCAGCUGCCAAUAGAAUCUUUAUCUUCAUGCCUCAACCCUGUAUCACCAGUGCCGCUUAACAAUCUUACCAAUGCUCCAGUGUUUGGAACAGUUACACCAAAUCGUAUCUUUGUAGGAGGAAUUGAUUUGAAGACUAAUGAAAAUGAUCUGAGGACAUUUUUUACCCAAUAUGGAAGUGUGAAGGAAGUGAAGAUAGUAAAUGACAGAGCUGGAGUAUCAAAGGGGUAUGGCUUUGUUACUUUUGAAACCCAAGAAGAUGCACAGAAGAUUUUACAGGAGGCUAAAAAACUUAAUUAUAAGGAUAAGAAAUUGAAUAUUGGUCCAGCAAUAAGAAAACAGAAGAUACGGAGUCCUCGUUCUACUGUAAUAACAGAAGCUGGUACAAUGUACCUAACGACUUCAAGUGGAUAUCCUUACAUUUACCAUAAUGGAAUGGCUUAUUUUCAUACCUCUGAAGCUACUUCUUCUCCACAGUCAUGGCCAUCACGCUCUGUUUCCAGUUCUCCUGUGAUGGUAGCCCAACCAGUGUAUCAGUCUCCUACAUACCAUUAUCAGGCACCAACGCAGUGUCUUACAAGUCAGUGGCCAUGGCCUGUUGCACAGUCUCCUGUCUCUUCUUCUUUGGUUUAUGUGCAACCAUCUGAAGUCAUUUAUCAGCCAAUAGGAAUUCCUCAGGAAAAUGGAUCUCUACCUCCCCCUCUCCUAGUGGAAGCUGCAGCUCCUGAGCUGUAUUCUGAUCUUGGAGUUCAAGCACUUCAACAGCCACAUGCCAUGGCUACACAUACGCUAUGGAGCAUUCACUACUAAGCCAUGUGGUCAGCUUUAGUCUUCCCACCAUUGAUUUUCUUGUCCAGUUCUUUGUGUACCUGCGAUACAUCAUCAACAUGCCAGCAGCUGCCUGGUGGGAAUCUUUGGGAGUCAAGGUCGCAUGCUGUGAGAAGAAACUUCUGAGUCUUGAAACCUUGAUUAUAAACCUGAAGCCCUGAAUUUCCUUCUGGAAGAUAUGUCAGGAUGGAAGAGAGUUCAUACACCACCAGCUCCUGCGAAUUCUGUAAACCAGAUUUUUAGCUCUACUUUGACACCUAUUAACGUGGAUGAUAGGUUCUUCCUAACUUACUUGCCUGAAAAUGCCAUGAUUGAAAUAGCUCUCAUUUUGUAAAGUGAUAAAAUUCAAUAUCUUGGACAGGGAAAACCAUAUAAAGCCAUUCUUUUAUCCUGUAACUGUACUUUUAUUAAAGAAAUGCAGGAUAAAAUAGUGGUGAUUUGAUACACACCUACUGCAUAAACUUUGGUUGCUAGCAUAGAUUGAAAACCAGCAUACAUGAAUCUCUGCAUUAUGCAAACUGUUAGUUAUGAGGUAAAAGCUCUUUUCCCACAUCCUGGCAGCAUUUAUGUGCUGCCAGUUAAAAGCUGGUUAUUUAAAUCCUAUACACUUUGUUUCAGUUGCAAAGAACCCAAAGUUAUUUGCAAUCAGUAUUUUUUCAUAAGGUGUUUUACUUGUGUGUCGUUUUACUGCUUGGGAAUGGUAACCUUUUUUAAUAAAUAAACCUGCAGUUGGGAAUUUUAGUUUUA